CAGCCGGCGUGGUUUAUUCAGCGUGACACUUUGGAACGAAGAGCUCCAGGAAGCAGAGCUCGCUCCUUAGACAGACGGUUUUAUUUUUAUUAAUUUAUUUAUUUGUUUGUUUGUUUGUUUGCUUACUUACUUAUUUUAGAAGAUGGAGCGGUGCAGCACUUUAAUAAAAUUAUUUCUAGUCCUCUUUUUUGCUCCUCUGUCAUCGACAGACACACACUCACUGCAGUUCUUCUACACUGCUGUCACACCAGGAAUAAACUUCACAGCUGUGGGUCUGGUGGAUGGAGAGCAGUGUGUGUACUACGACAGUGACAUCAGGAAGAUGAUCUCAAAGACAGAGUGGAUGCAGAAGAUCAGUGCUGAUGAUCCAGAUUACUGGAACAGAGAGACAGAGCGUUUACAGGAUCACCAGGACAUUAUGGCUACAGUAAUGAAGAACCUGAAUCAAGAUGAAGGAAGUCAUACACUCCAGGGGAUGUUGGGCUGUGGGCUUGAUAACGGUGUCACUAGAGGAUACAGUCAGUACCGUUAUGAUGGAGAAGACUUCAUCAGUCUGGAUCUGAACUGGAACCUGGAACAUGGACAUGAAUCCUGGACUCCAGCUAAUGCUAAAGCUAAGAACUUUUUAAUGGAGUGGGAUCCUAAAGGAGAAAAGGCUAAACGCUGGAAGGACUACCUGAAGAAUGACUGUAUUGAUCAGUUAAAUAAGUUUGUGCCUUACAGCAAAGAGACUCUGGAGAGGAAAGUUCCUCCUACAGCAUCAGUGUUCCAGAAAAAGUCUUCUCCAGAGGUGGUGUGUCACGCUACAGGUUUCUUCCCUGAAGUAGUGAAUAUCACCUGGAGGAAGGACGGAGAGGACGUGAACGAGGACGUGAAGCUCAGAGAGACGUUACCCAACCAGGAUGGAAGCUUCCAGAAGAGAAGCAUUCUGAAAGUCCCAGCUGAGGAUCUGCCGAAACACACCUACACCUGCGUGAUUCAGCACAGCAGCUUGAAGGAGUUAGUGCUAGAAGUACAAAAAGGUGGAGGAUCAGGUGUCAUAUCACUGAUUGGUAUCAUCAUUGGUGUAGUUCUCAUUGCUGUUGUUGCUGGAGUGAUCGUCUGGAAGAAGAAAAAGAGGUCUAGUGCAGAAAAACCCCAUGAAGUCCCAUGAAGUAAUAUAAAUUAAAUAAAUAAAUAUAAAAAAAUAAUUAAACACAGUUAUUAAUAGUUUUUUAUUUUAUUAAUUAGGUUCUCUGUCAGACAAAACUACAAAACAAAUGUUCCCAAAAGCUUCAGUAACUGAACUCAGCAGCUGCUCAGACAUACAGUGAGUUUAUUACAUGAGAUUUCUGAUCUUUCUCAGUGCAGGAAACACACACUACAGGUGCAGAAGAAAAAGACUUUUGUGAUUAUAAUCUGUAAAUCUGUAUUAUUUUUAUUUAUUCUCACAGUUGUGAGCAAUGUUUACAGAAACAGAUAUUUAUGAAGGACAGUCUAUUUAAUGCCUUUUUGUAACUUUUGUAACUCAUGCUGUGAACCAGGUGCAGCAGUAUUGGCUAAAAGCUAUUUUUAUUGCUUUUAUUAUUCGUUAUUAAGUGCCUUAUUGUAACUGUGUUUUGACUAUUUGAAAUGUGAAAUGUUCUGAAUGCUAUAAACUAAAUGCAACCUGAGCCAAGUCACAUUUUACCUUUGAAAAAGCUGCAGUUACAGUCAUGUUUAUUUCCAUUAUGAAAAUUGAUCAAGAAUGACAAUAUAUUUUUAUGUAUUGUUACAUGGAACAUAUUUUACGUGUGUGUGUGUGUGCACAAAAGUGCCCAUGUUUGAUACUAAUUACCUUGAAACUUUAGAGGAUUAGAGAAAUUUAGAGGAUAUUCCUUUUCUCCCCAAAUUUUGUAUAACACUCUGUGAGGAAAGAGCUAUCUGUGAUUGACAGGAGAUGGCGGUUAGCCCCUCCCACCCUGACAGCACAGACAAUACUGCUAAAAUUAAAAUCACUGGAAAAAUAAAAUAGUUUUUAAGCCCCUAAAACUCAAACCUGGGACACACACUUUUGUACUGAACUGGACCUUGUUAUGUUUGUUGUAAUAAAUCGCCUACAUUUUUAA